ACAACGGUAACAACAGUGACAAUUGUGACAACAGUGAGAACAGUGACAACGGUGACAACUGUGACAACAGUGACAACGGUGACAACGGUGAAAACGGUGACAACAGUGACAAGGAGACAACGGUGACAAGAGUGAGAAGAGUGACAACGGUGACAACAGUUAGAACAAUGACAACGGUGACAACCGUAACAACAAAGACAAAGGUGACAACAGUGACAACAGUGACAACGUUAACAACGGUGACAACGAUGACAACGGUGACAACAGUGACAACGGUGAAACAGUGACAACCAUGAGAAUGGUGACAACAGUGAAAACGGUGACAACAGUGACAAUGGUGACAAUAGUGACAACAGUUAGAACGGUGACAACGGUAACAACGGUGACAAAAGUGACAACGGUGCUUGAAAACAGUGAAAACGGUGACAACAGUGACAACAAUAACAACAGUGACAACGGCAACAUCGGUAACAACAGUGACAACGGUGACAACAGUUACAACGGUGACAACAGUGACAACGGGGACAAUGGUGACAACCGCUACAACGGUGACAACAGUGACAAUUGUGACAACAGUGAGAACAGUGACAACAGUGAGAACAGUAACAACACUGACAACGGUGACAACAGUGACAACGUUGAAAACGGUGACAAUGGUGACAACACUUAGAACGGUAACAAUGGUGACAACAGUGACAACAGUGAAAACAGUGACUAGAGUGACAACGGCAAGAACUGUGACAACAGGGAGAACACUGACAAUGGUGAAAACAGCGACAACGGUGACAACAGUGACAACGGUCACAAAAGUUACAACGUGACAACGGUGAUAACAGCGACAACGGUGACAACCGUGACAACAGUGCCAACAAUGACAACGGUAACAACGGUGACAACAGUGACAACGGUGACAAUAGUGAAAAGAGUGAGAAGAAUGACAACGGUGAAAACAGUGACAACGGUAAAAACGAUGACAACGGUGAGAACAGUGACAACGUUGACACCGGUGAUAACAGUGACAAUGGUGACAAAAGUUAGAACGGUGACAACGGUGAUAACAGUGACAACAAUGACAAAGGUGACAACAGUGACAAUGGUAACAACGGUGACAACAGUGACUACGGUGACAACACUAACAACAGUGACAACAGCGACAAUGGUGACAACAGUGACACCGGUGACAACAGUUAAAACGCUGACAAGAGUGACAACGGUGACAAUGGUGAAAACAGUCACACUAGUGACAACCGUAACAACUGUGACAUCAGGGAGAACACUGACAAUGGUGACAACAGCGCCAACCGUGACAACAGUAACAAAAGUGCAAACGGUGCCAAGAGUUACAACGGUGACAACGGUGACAAGAGUGACGACGGUAAAAACAGUGACAACAGUGACAACGGUGAGAAGAGUUAGCAGAGUAACAACGGUGAAAACAGUGAGAACGGUGACAACGGUGACAAAACUUAGAACCGUGACAACGUUGACAACAGUGACAACAGUGACAACAGUCACAACGGAGACAACGGUAAAAACGGUGACAACACUUAGAACCGUGACAACGGUGACAACAGUGACAACAGUCACAACGCUGACUACAGUGACGACAGCGAAAACGGUGACAACGGUGAGAACAGUGACUAUAGCGCCAACGGUGAAAACGGUGACAACUGUCAGAAUGGUGAGAACGGUGAAAACAGUGACAACAAUGACAAAGGUGACAACAGUGACAACAGUGAGAACAGUCACAACGGUGACAACGGUGACAACAGUGACAACAGCGACAACGGUGACAACAGUGAAAAAAAUGACAACGGUGACUACAGUGCCAACGGUGAAAAAGGUGAAAACGGUGACAACAGUUAGAACGGUGACAAUAGUGACAACGGCGACAACGGUGACAACAGUGACAACGGUAACAACGGUAAAAAUGGUAACAACGGUGACAACAGUGAGAAAAGUGAGCACAGUGACAACAGUGACAACAGUGACAACGGUGACAAGAGUGAGAAGAGUGACAACAGUGACAACGGUGACAACAGUGACGCCGGUGACAACAGUCAGAACUGUGAAAACGGUGACAACAGUAACAGCAGUGACAACGGUGACUACACUGACAACGGUGACAACAGUUACAACGGUGACAAUGGUGACAACAGUGACAACGCUGACAAU